UCUAGCAUUAAGAGGCUGACUGAUUUAGACUACAUGCAAUGUUUGGAAGAUGGAAGGUAAAAGAGAAAAGACGUCAUACCGCCAAUUUGAAUAUUGUUCGUUUUGUCGUUUUAACCACAAGAAGGGAAAGAAACAUUUGUAUUCAAAGAAACACCGGACAAUAAUUCAGAACAUUUUGGAUAAAACUCGGAAAAAGCUGAUUGAGGCGACAGACACCCUGGCUGCCCCUGAAGUUGUACCAUUAGGAAGGACAGACAUGAGCCAGAAGUUUUGGUGUUACUUCUGUGUUAGAGAGAUCUCCCGACAUCAGAUGCUGGAUAUCUGUCUCCUAAAAUAUUCAAGUCUACUGGAACACAUAGCAAGUGAAGAACACACAAAGAAGACCGCUGAUUUUUUCCGUGCUCACAGGAUAAAUGAAUCUGUAUGUGGACGGGAUUUGUUUUGUUUGCAGCCAGAUAAACUAAAAGAGUUUAAGGUGUUAGCUGUACAUGCAGUGAGGAGGUUUGAGGAGAGAGCUAAACACCAAAUCAAGAUGAUUGCCAAGAAAUUGAGAAACCAAGAAACAACGAGACAAAUGAUUAGCCAAUCAGAAGAAUGGAAGACUGUCCCACAGCAACAGCAGAUUUCAGAAGCCGAUAAGCUGGGCCAUAUUUCCAGAUACCCUGAUAAUCAUCCGAACCAGUACGUAGGGGUAGCCAUCCAGUCUGAGGCCGGGAAACUGGGCCGCAUAUCCGGGUACCCAAACGAUCAUCUGAGUGAGUCUGCAGGAGUGUCCACACUUUCUGCCCAUGGGGAUGGCGUGACCUUCAUAGGUCCCCAGGAUUUCCUGGUGGAGGAGGGCAAUGUUCACACUGGAGGACUCCCACCAUGGUUACAGGACAACACAGAGGAUAGAGGCCAGGAAAUAGGACCCACAUUGAAAGACUACCAGAGGCAUGUUGCCAAUGAAGAGAAGAAGAAACUGCCGGCUUGUCGAGUGGGUGCCUCCUUUGACAGGAGUUCUGCCAAAUCUGAUACAUGGCUGCCAUCAUUUGGACAAGUUUGGAACUCUGGUCGUCGCCUUAAUUCUAAGAAAUAUUAUGAACGGGAAACAAAAGGCUCCACAUUUCUUGGUAAAAGAGCAAGGAAUGAAACUGUACAGGAGGCGAAUUCUGGUGAUCAACAGGGACAGGAGACGAAAUCUGGUGAUCAACAGGGACAGACUCAGCAGUUAGGGCUCCGUACAAAAGUAGCGGCACCCUACAGGAGUAAACGACAGCGGUCACAUGACACUCCGACCAGUGGUCAUGAAAUAAACAACGCGCCACUUGUGAUGGGUAAUGAUGGAGGUGUGGGAGGUGCUGUAAACAAUUCUCACACAAACGUUGAUCAAUUCAGGGAAGGAAAAACCACAAGUUCUGCUGGUUUCCAUUUGUCCUCACGAUAUGGCAGUCCUGAUACCAACCAUAACACUAACCAUGUAGAGUCUACAGGUGUCCUCCCGUAUCCGUCCCAGCAGGACUAUAACAACAUGGACCGAGGAUUUCCUCCUCAAUUCCGGGAUAACCGAGUAUCCGACGGACAUAAUCAAACAGUAGAAAGCCUUCAUCAAAACAAAUGUGGACAAAAAUCUAAUCUCUCGUAUCAGUUAGAAGGUGACAUAAACAGACAGUUAUCAAGUAAGGGGUUAUAAAAGGAAGGUAAAGGGAGGCAACUCUGAACUGCCUUUAUCUGAGACAAAAAAUGGAAAUGACAAUUCUGGUUCUUUACCGUCGAGAUCUGACUUCAUAUCAACUCCAGUGUUAAAUAAAAAACAUUGAAAACUGAAAAA